AUGGGUAUAAACUUGAAUUUUCAGCUUUCCUGUAAAUUCAGAUUGUUGCUGUUCUUUGCGUUAUGCAUAUUGGUUAUUGGAUGGGUCACCUCAAACUACCUGAUUGCUGCCAUCCAGGAGUUUCCUAAAGUAAAGAUUUUCAACAGGGCCAUAACUUGGAAGGACUUAACAUCAUCUAAUAAGGCUUCCUUUUCAAAAUUAAAAUUGGAAAAAUGUCCUCUUUUGUCUCCACACCUGAGAGGACCCAGCAAACUCAAUUUCAAGUCAAAUCUCACAUGGGAAGAAGUACAGAGAGAGAAUCCUAAAGUUCAGAAUGGCUAUUACUACCCAGAAGACUGUAAGGCUUUACAGCGGGUUGCCAUCCUCAUUCCACACCGGAAUAGAGAAAUACACUUAUUGUACCUGCUGGAACAUCUCCAUCCCUUCUUACAGAGGCAGCAAGUGGAAUAUGGCAUCUAUGUCAUUCACCAGGCUGCAAGGAACAAAUUCAACAGAGCCAAACUCCUGAAUGUGGGCUACCUAGAAGCUCUUAAGGAAGAAAACUGGGAUUGUUUUAUAUUCCACGAUGUGGAUCUGGUACCAGAGAAUGACCAUAACCUCUAUAUGUGUGACACUCAGCCCAAACACCUGGUGGUUGGCAGAAACAACACUGGCUACAAGUUGCGUUAUAAGGGAUAUUUUGGAGGUGUUACUGCUCUAACGAGAGACCAGUUUUUCAGGGUGAAUGGAUUCUCCAACAACUACUGGGGCUGGGGUGGAGAAGAUGAUGAUCUCAGAAUAAGAGUGGAGAUACAAGGGAUGAAUAUAUCUCGACCACCUCCUGCCAUAGCCAAAUACACAAUGAUCUUCCAUACCAGAGAUAAAGGCAAUGAGGUAAACACAGCAAGGAUGAAGCUAUUAAAACAGGUGUCACGAGUUUGGCGGACAGAUGGACUGAACUCUUGUUCCUAUAGCCUGCUUUCCAUGAAACACAAUCCUUUAUAUAUCAACAUUACAGUGGAUUUCCUCGAGACUUCAUAAUCCUGCCUUUUUCUAUUGAGAUUUUUUUUUCCUGGGGAAAAAUAGAAUGUCCAAUUGCAGUAGUUAUUGAAAUGUCUGGAAAUUUGGAACUUGAUAUCCCCCCAACCACAAUCCUUCUUGCCUCUGCCCCCAAGCAGUGGACACAAUGAAGAAUUGGCUGCUUGGGGAUGACUGGUUUGAAAGACUUUCUUACAGAUGAACACGAAUGAAAAAGAGAUGAAUCCUUUAUAGCACAGAGUCAAAGCUGCUUGGGAGCACUUGUUAAAAGUGAAUUGUCUAUAUGUGGAAAAGUAACAGUUUGGGAUCAGAAAGCAUGGGUUGCACAAAAAAGUAUUGCCAGAUUGUCAGAGGGGUCCAGGCUGCUCUUGGGUACAACAGAAAGGUAGAAUGGUGUAUAUGAGGGUCACUAGAUGAGGCUGACUUGGGGAUCUCUGAGGAGAAAGGGCAUUGA